GCCAGAGCGAAACCGGCGGGUCUCGCCCGCCCCGCCCGCCCGGCGGUCAGCUGAUGGGCCGCUCUCCCGGGAGGCCGCCGCCGCCGCCGCGCGAACAUGGCGGCCGAGAUCCACUCCAGGCCGCAGAGCAGCCGCCCGGUGCUGCUGAGCAAGAUCGAGGGGCACCAGGACGCCGUCACCGCCGCGCUGCUCAUCCCCAAGGAGGACGGCGUGAUCACCGCCAGCGAGGACAGAACCAUCCGAGUAUGGCUGAAAAGAGACAGCGGCCAGUACUGGCCCAGCAUCUACCACACAAUGGCCUCUCCUUGCUCAGCCAUGACUUACCAUCACGAUAGCAGACGGAUAUUUGUGGGCCAGGAUAACGGAGCCGUCAUGGAAUUUCAUGUUUCUGAAGAUUUUAAUAAAAUGAACUUUAUCAAGACCUAUCCAGCUCAUCAGAACCGGGUGUCUGCGAUCAUCUUCAGCGUGACUUCAGAGUGGGUGGUCAGCACCGGUCACGACAAGUGUGUCAGCUGGAUGUGCACCCGGAGCGGGGACGUGCUCGGGAGGCACGUCUUCACGUCCUGGGCUUCCUGUCUGCAAUACGAUUUCGAUACUCAGUAUGCUUUUGUUGGCGAUUAUUCUGGACAGAUCACCUUGCUGAAGAUGGAACAGAACACCUGUUCAGUUAUCACAACCCUCAAAGGGCAUGAAGGUAGUGUCGCCUCCCUCUGGUGGGACCCUAUCCAACGGUUACUCUUCUCGGGAGCCUCUGACAACAGCAUCAUCAUGUGGGACAUUGGAGGAAGAAAAGGCCGCACGCUCUUGCUCCAGGGCCAUCAUGACCGGGUGCAGGCGCUGUGUUACCUUCAGCUCACGAGGCAGCUCGUCUCCUGUUCCUCGGAUGGUGGGAUUGCCGUGUGGAACAUGGAUGUCAGCAGAGAGGAGGCUCCUCAGUGGUUAGAAAGUGAUUCUUGCCAGAAGUGUGAGCAGCCCUUUUUCUGGAACAUAAAGCAGAUGUGGGACACGAAGACGCUGGGGUUGAGACAGCACCACUGCAGGAAAUGCGGCCAGGCUGUCUGCGGCAAGUGCAGCGGCAAGCGCUCGAGCUACCCCAGCAUGGGCUUCGAGUUCCAGGUCCGGAUGUGUGACUCCUGUUACGACUCCAUCAAAGAUGAGGAUCGGACUUCUCUAGCAACCUUUCAUGAAGGAAAACAUAACAUCUCCCAUAUGUCCAUGGAUGUUGCUAGGGGACUGAUGGUGACCUGUGGGACCGAUCGCGUUGUAAAGAUAUGGGACAUGACGCCUGUGGUGGGCUGCAGCCUGGCCACGGGCUUCUCUCCGCACUGACCCGGGAGCCAGCGAGGUCCACACCUUCCCAGCCACCGCGUGAACCCAAUGCCACCCGUCCCUGUGGUGCCACCGUCACUGUCACGUGCAUGGAGAGUAGCCACUUAAACACAGAUCAACACUUUUCACAGGAAAAUACAUGUGCAGGUGUGCUUCGGGGCAUCUGUGGACCUACCUGUGGGGACUGAAGGCUCAGCUGAAGUGGUUUCUGGAGGAAUGGGAAGCCUCCGACGACACUUCCUUGUGAGCAGUGAGCUGGUGUGACGACAAGAUGAAUCUAGCCAAUGAAUUGUAGAGAAAAGUACUGAACUACAGAGUUAGCGCCCAGGAGGUUCUACAGCAGUUGCAAGCACACAUCCCCUCCACCUGCUGCGCCUCCCAGGGCACCUGUGGCUCUGCUGU